AUGUCUGACUUUCUGUGUGGGGAGCGCUUGUCACAGAUGACCAAGACUUACAAUGACAUAGAAGCGGUGACUCAUUUGUUGGAAGAGAAAGAACGUGACCUAGAACUAGCAGCCCGCAUCGGGCAGACACUGUUGUCCAAGAACAAAGAACUCAGUUCUCUAACAGAAAACCUAGAGGAACAGUUGAGCCUAGCCACAGACAGGGAUGACCUGCUGCGGUUCUACAAUGAGGAUCUGGAGCAUGACAACAGUGGGGACAUCACACCAAAUGAAAAGUCAGCUCCUGUGGUCAGUGUGGACUUCCUUGAGAAGAAGGUCAAGACACUGGAGGAUGAGAAUGUCAAUCUGCGUCUUGAGAGUGAACAGCUGAAAUCAGAGACUGACAACUUUGAAGAAAAGGAAAAACGAUUAGUGGAGGAUUGUAUUCAGCAGUUGGGUAGGUUUCUGACUCUAGAGAACUUAGACAUUCAUGAGAGACUAAUGGCCUCCACAGAAUCACAGCGCAGGUUGACCAAAGAGCUUGGAAGUAUGCAUGACAAAUACGAUGAGCUGUUUGAGAUGUUGGAAGAGGCCCAGGAUGAGUUGAGGCUGCUGAGAGGCAAAAACAAGGUCCGAGCCAGCGGCCAGCACCACCACUCGGCGUACUCUGUCCCCACAGACUCGCUGGCCUCGGAGCUGGAGACCUCGCUGCAGCAGGAGCUGUCACAGUCCAAGAGAAGGUCCCAAAGCUGGAAAGUGUUUGAGACAGCUCGGGCAGCCAAGAGAGCUGCGGCUAAAGCAGUUCACAGAGAAGCUUCAGCGGUCACCCGUGUGUCCCUAGCAGGCCAGGCCAUGUUGGAGACUGACUCCCAGGGGCCUUCAGCGUAUCCUUCUGAUGUAGGAGAGCAUGGCCAGCGAUGGUUACAGUGCAGACAUGGACAGUCAAACCCAGAGCUGGGUCAGCCAGGGAUCCCUGGUUCCAACGACCUGGAGAGUGCCCUGAAAAGAUUGGCUAUGCGCAGGGCAAAUGAGCAGAAUGAGCGAGAUUUCCUGGACGAGGAAGAGGAGAGAAGGAGAAGGAAAGUGCAGGCAGCAAUGAGUGGUGGCACCUCUCCCUUCAGUGUGAGAAGCCCAUUGCCCCACGCACUACGGUCCCCAGCUGGCAGCAUAUCAUCCUCCUACUGGGGCCCUAAUGGGGGCUCAGCAAACAGCCAUCAUUAUAAGUUCUCUGAGAAAUUGCAGAUUGUGAAACCAAUGGAAGGUUCCAUGACCCUGCGACACUGGCAGCACCUGGCCACCCCUCACUUGGGCGGCAUUUUUGAGGAGAGAGAUGGCGUCCAGAUGAAGGGAGAGAAGAAAUUGGACCUGGUUGAGGAAAUCUACUCACUUAGUGACUUUGAGGAAGAUGAUGAGGCACAUGACAUUCAGACUCGGAGAGAGCAGGAGAUUGGCUUGACCUAUUCAUUCACAGACUCAACAAUAAGUAACCCUGGAAUGGGUGACAGCCUGAACAAGCUGGCACGGGGUGACCAGGUACCUGGCAGCACCACAGAGCCACAACACCUGGCGGAGCACCAUGUCCAGCCAGAAGACAGUGCUCAUAGCACACACAGCAGGCCAACAGGACUGGCUUCAUUGUUACAAGGGCGGGAAAACACAGAAGUUGGCAGAGCCCUGAUGCGGGUCUCAGCUUUGAAAUCAGCAGUCACAUCUACCAGUGUGUCACCGCCAUCUUCCAUUCGUGGCUCUUCUUCUGAUUUCAAUCAGACAGUUUUGUCUUCCAGAACUUUUGGUAGCCAUUCAGUUGGCUCUUCAACUCCUAGGGGCAUUCCAGGAUCAAGGUCCUUUGAACAGGCAAUGAAAGAAUAUGAGGAGAAACGAAAGGCUUACUCCGAUUCCAAAUCUGCAAAGAAGCCAGAACUGUUUGCUCCUGGCAUGACUGGGAAAGGUUUUCUGCAACAGUUGAAGAGUAAAGGUUACUCACUGUACGGUUUGUGGGGAGUUGGGGCCAAGAACAAUAACUCUGUUGUAGAAAGUAGCACAGACGGAGCAGACGGCAAUGGCGAUGGCAACACACCAACUACAAAAGCAUUGACUGAGUCUGUUUUCUCUCAAGGAGCAGGGGUUGGAGUGCUUGGUGCUCUUACCAAUUUUAGACGUAACGGAAUGUUUUAG